AUGUCUGGAACCGCCCGUGCCACCUUCUCCUCCCCACUUACCGAGACUCAACAUCUCCGUGAGGAGAUCGAGUUGCUCCACGAAGAGCUGAACACUCAGCGGCUCUUCUACCAAUCGGUGUUCCAAAUGGACGUUGUCCAGGUCGCCUUGGAGAACGAGCUGCUGAAGACCCAGCUGAUCGCUGCGGUCCAGGAGAUGGAGGUGCAUGGAGAGGAGAUGAAGAAGGCGAAGAGGGCGAUCGAGGAUCUGAAAGAGAAGGAGGAGGAUCUGAAUGAGGAGGUGACGGCGUGUCACGGACACAUCAGAAGGCUGAAGGCAGCGUUGAAGAAGGAGAAGACCGAAGUGGAAGUGAUUGGGAAGGAUCACGAGCUGUUGAAGGAGAAAUUCAACUAUGUCGACGCUCUAGCUGAGCGCUACCUGAAGCAAGAAGAAGUCGAGAUGCUCUUCGAGCCUAGCGACGAUGAGGGCGACAACGACGAAGAGGAGCCGGAUGUUGAGGAGGAGGAGCAGGAGGAACACCACGGCGAGAUUCCCGUCGCCGCAGGACUCCACGCCGACGACGCCAACGACGACGAGGAGGAGAUUCCAAGUGACCCUUUUUGA